CGAGCCGGUAUUCUUUCUCUGUCUCCGCUGCUGCUGCCGCUGUCGGUGCCGAGAUGCCGCUGGAGAACCUGGAUGAGGAGGGGCUGCCCAAGAACCCGGAUCUCCGCAUCGCGCAGCUCAAGUUCCUGCUGAGUCUCCCCGAGCACCGCCGGGAUGUGCCGCUCCGCACUGAACUCAUGGAGGCGGUGACUGUGAAUAAUAUGGCUCCGUAUUACGAGGGUCUGUGCAAACAUCUGGACUGGACGGUGGACACGGAGCUGCUGAAUAAAAUGAAGAAAGCCAACGAGGAGGAGCUGAAGAGGCUGGACGAUCAGCUGGAAGAUGCAGAGAAGAAUUUGGGGGAGAGCGAAAUCCGGGACGCAAUGAUGGCCAGAGCCGAGUAUUUGUGCAGAAUCGGCAACAAGGAUGGGGCCCUCACUGCCUUUCGGAAGACUUAUGAUAAGACUGUGGCCCUUGGGCACCGCUUGGAUAUUGUGUUUUACCUCCUGAGGAUCGGCCUGUUCUAUAUGGACAACGAUCUCAUCACCCGAAACACAGAGAAAGCCAGAAGUCUCAUAGAGGAAGGCGGAGACUGGGACCGGCGGAAUCGUUUGAAGGUGUAUCAGGGCCUGUACUGUGUGGCCAUCAGAGACUUCAAGCAAGCGGCCGACCUCUUCCUGGACACGGUCUCCACAUUCACAUCGUAUGAACUGAUGGACUACAAAACCUUCGUCACUUACACCGUGUAUGUCAGUAUGAUUGCCCUCGACCGGCCAGACCUCAGAGAGAAGGUUAUUAAAGGAGCAGAGAUCCUAGAGGUGCUACACAGUUUGCCCACAGUCCGGCAGUAUCUGUUCUCACUGUACGAGUGUCGCUACUCCGUCUUCUUCCAGUCCCUGGCUGCUGUGGAACAGGAACUGAAGAAGGACUGGCUGUUUGCCUCUCACUAUCGCUACUACGUGAGGGAGAUGCGGAUCCAGGCGUACGGUCAGCUGCUCGAGUCCUACCGCUCACUAACACUGGGGUACAUGGCCGAGGCUUUUGGUGUCGGAGUGGAGUUCAUAGACCAGGAACUCUCCAGGUUUAUAGCGGCGGGACGGUUACACUGCAAGAUCGACAAAGUCAACGAGAUCGUAGAGACCAACCGACCCGACAGCAAGAACUGGCAGUACCAAGAGACGAUAAAGAAGGGCGACCUGUUACUGAACCGAGUACAGAAGCUCUCCCGGGUCAUCAACAUGUAGCUCCUCGCGGCGUCGCUUCGAUUUCCUUUUUUUAUUAUUGCGGGAGAAUUGGAUUGAGGUGUAGAAACCCGACUGGAGCCGUGUAUAAUAUCCCGUCUUAUUACUCCCUGUUGUGUGACGUGUACCAAGGCCUGUAGUUAGGGGGUUUUUACGGUUUUACAGAACGUAAACAAUCCAGCGAUUGCUAAAAGAAGACAAAAAAUAAAAAAAACAGUAAAAAAAAAAAAAAAAAGGAAAACUAUAUCUAUAAAUAAAAAACAAAAAAUAAAUCUAUUCUCUUUCCCAG